UGGUCUGCAGCGCGCGCACACUGCUCCUUUGACGCACCUCUUAUCAAAAUGUUUUCCGCCUCAGACCCGACCUUUACCUCGGCUGAGCCUGCCAUGUAGCACGCGUGUGCUGAGAGGAGCUCUGGGGGAAUCCUUUCUGGAUUUUGCAGCCUUGGAGCAGAAGAGCGCGCGGCUUGCUGGUCUGCUGUGCGGGGUCCGGGGAAAUUCCGGGGCGGACGGGCCACCAUGCUCCGGCUGUGGGCUGCGCCUUGGAUCACAGCUGUGCUCCUGUGCGAGGCGGUGGCGCAGUAUUCCAGCGACGAGUGUAGCUGGAGAGGAAGUGGUCUGAGCCAUGAGUCUCAUCGCAGAGAUGUGGAGCAGAUCUACCUCCGCUGCUCUCAAGGCUCUCUGGAGUGGAUCUACCCCACAGGAGCCAUCAUUAUCAACCUGCGGCCAAACACAGAGCCUUCAUCAGGACGCAUGGCAGGUCUCCAUGUGUGCAUCAAACCCAAAGCGUACUCCAAGGGCUCUAACGUGUAUCUGGAGCAUGCCGGGGAUCUGACCCUGCUGAUGACAGAGAAGGACCAGGCUAAGGGCUCGGUUCACUGCUUCAGCCUCACAGAGAGGGUUCUCUUUGUGGAGGCCGUGCCCCAGACAGACAUCAGUCGCAGGAUCACCGCUUUCCAGUACGAGCUGGUUCCCAGUCAGGGGCCUGGAGCGCACAUGUACCCAUACCUGAACCCUGGUUUAGUCACAUGUAAACCGUGCUCAGACGAAGAGGUCCUUCUGGCCGUCUGCACCAGUGACUUCGCCGGCAGUGGCGUCUUCCAAGGUGUGUCAUCGGGUACGAGCAACCACUCUCCUGCUGUUGUGACUCUGACUCGUCUGUUCCGUCAGAAGAGCAGGGUGUUCUCUUGGAGCAGAGCCCGAGGGCGGCGUUGGGGCGGACGUAUCAAUGUUCCUGCACAGUGUGGUGUGGACCUUCGGGGGGAUGAGUAUCUUUUCACCGGCUCGGUUCAUUUUGGCGAAGCCUGGCUUGGCUGUGCGCCUCGCUACAAGGACUUCUUGAGGAUUUACAGCAGAGCUCUGAAAGCUGGAACAAACCCAUGUGAGAUAGACACAGACUGAAAGAUGCUCUCAUGUUUCUGAGUGAAACAGGAGGUCCAGGACUAAAAUGGAUGGAGCGACAGUAAUAUAAGCAGAGGAAUAAACCUGCAGACGUUAUUUCAGACUACUUCUGCUCUCUUUCGUAGUGCUGUGCGACUCAUUGAUGCCUUGCAGCCGAGAAGACAGUUUGGACAGUUGGAUUAUUCCAAGAGGCCCAAUUUAACAUGUCCCGAACUUUGACUGAUAUUUGUGGUGUGUGUGUGUGUGUGUGUGUGUGUGUGUGUGUGUGUGUGUGUGUGUGUGUGUGUGUGUGUGUGUGUGUGAUAGAGUUGCCUACCGUCCCGUUUCUCCAAGAAUUGUUCUCUGUUUUUCACCAGCUGUCCCAGGAGAGAUUUUUAUUUUUCCGGGACAGCUUGUGAAAAAAGAGGACAGUUCUCUUUUGUUCUCAAUUUGUCCCGUUUUUUGGGGGAAAAUGCAAAAACCUCAUUUGAUUUCCUUCGGUCUGUAGUCUAGAAAGGUCCCCCGUGUUUCUGCAGCUAUUUAAAAUUGUCUCUGUUUUCUUCCCGUCUAUGGGUAUGUCACACACCCGCACCCUAACCCUCUAAAGCGGCUCAAGCAGGGAGGGAAACUUGACCGAAGAGAGACAGCAAGUUAAAUUGACUGACGUUCUCCACGCUGAAGUCUUCUUUUCACCAACUUUUGGCGUCACCACUUGAAAUGGGAGGAGAGACGACUGACAAGGAAGGAGAUAGAGCAAAUACAUGCAAGCCACCAGCACGAAAAAAAACAUAUACUAGUUACAAUCCUGACUGGGGACACUGUCAGAGUUUGAAUGGGUACGGCCGACCCAGGGAGACAAUGUUUCUGCCACAUGCGUUUUGUGUCUGGCGAAAAUCUCCGUAAAAUAUGAAGGAAAAAAAGCAUUGGAAAUCCAUACAGAAACAAAAAGGCAUCAAGCUGUGGAAUCAAACAUACAAAAACAGGCAGCCAUUGAAACUUUCAAUACCAAAGAAGGUUCACCAGAAGAAGAUGAGGUUGCAGCGACAGAGCUUACCAGUGUCCUAUGCCUGAAUUUGAUGUUCAUUUGGUCAGUCUGAACUGGUAAUGAACUGGUAGUGGCCGAGUCCUUCGCCCCAAACAAUCAGUCGAGUGUCCCAUUUUUUUCACAAAUCCAAGGUGGCAACCCUUGUGUGUGAAUGUGUGUGUGUGUGUGUGUGUGUGUGUGUGUGUGUGUGUGUGUGUGUGUGUGUGUGUGUGUGUGUGUGUGUGUUGAAGUGUUUGCACAUGAGUAAGACAGCGAAUGAAUGAAAAAUGAAUUUAAAUUAGUUUUGUUUCUAACUGGUUUCAUUUUUUUUCCUGCUUGUGUGAUCAUUCUUGAAAUGAAAGUUUGCUUUGUAAAAAGCUUUCUGUAAAAUUUAGGAGUCUUCUGACAGAAGUGUAAAGUAUGCAGCUCUGUGAGUCUUUAUCUACUGUGUGUGUGUGUGUGUGUGUGUGCGUGUGCGGGUGCGCGUGUGUGUGUAAGUUUUGCUAAUGAGUUCAAAUGGUCUUUAUAUUUACAGAAAAUAAAAAACAAUCCUUUA